AUGACUCAAAUUGAGCGCAUCACAGAACGCUUGGAGAGACCGGAGCUCGAUGAUCGGUCCUAUCGUGUCAUUCGUUUGCCCAACCAGCUCGAGGCUCUUCUGGUGCACGAUCCCGAUACCGAUAAGGCUAGUGCCGCCGUCAACGUCAAUGUGGGCAAUUUCUCCGACGAGGAUGAUAUGCCAGGGAUGGCGCACGCGGUAGAGCACUUGCUGUUUAUGGGUACGAAAAAGUACCCCAAGGAGAAUGCCUACAACCAAUACCUAGCUUCCCAUUCCGGUUCUUCCAACGCAUACACUGCUGCCACCGAAACGAACUAUUUCUUCGAGGUAUCAGCCACUGGCGACUCGAGCGCGCCGAAAUCCACAGGACAGAACACCCCGGCCGAAUCAACAAAUGGGACGAAUGGGGCGAAUGGGGCGAAUGGAACAAAUGGGACAAAUGGGACAAAUGGAGCCAGUGAGACUUCAUCCAUCAGUGCUGGAGAAUUAGAUGGCAAGUCGCCGUUGUAUGGUGCCCUGGACCGCUUUGCCCAAUUCUUCGUUUCCCCGCUCUUCUUGGAGUCGACGUUAGAUCGUGAGUUGAGGGCGGUGGAUUCAGAGAACAAGAAGAACCUUCAGAGUGACUUGUGGCGGUUGAUGCAACUGAACAAGUCCCUCUCAAACCCCAAGCACCCUUAUCAUCACUUCUCGACUGGUAACUUGCAGACACUGAAGGAAGACCCCCAGAAACGAGGACUGGAAGUGCGUAGUGAGUUUAUCCGUUUCUAUGAGAAGCACUACUCUGCCAACCGGGCCAAGUUGGUAGUCUUGGGACGCGAGACCUUGGACACACUGGAACAAUGGGUCUGGGAGUUGUUCGCCGACGUCGAGAACAAGAACCUGGCCCAGAACCGGUGGGACGAUGUGCAGCCUUUUUCCGAGGAGGACAUGUGCACUCAGGUGUUUGCGAAGCCUGUCAUGGAUUCCCGCUCCAUGGACAUGUAUUUCCCCUUCCUGGAUGAGGAGAACCUGAACGACGUUCAGCCGAGCCGAUAUAUCAGUCAUUUGAUUGGCCACGAAGGACCCGGUAGUGUCCUCUCCUACCUGAAGGCCAAGGGCUGGGCCAAUGGUCUUUCCGCUGGUGCUAUGCCGAUCUGUCCUGGCUCGGCCUUCUUCACCAUCUCGGUGCGCCUGACGCCUGAGGGUCUCAACCAGUACCAGGAAGUUGCCAAGGUGAUCUUCGAGUAUAUCGCCAUGAUCAAGGAGCGCGAGCCGGAGCAGUGGAUUUUUGACGAGAUGAGGAACCUGGCCGAGGUGGACUUCCGCUUUAAGCAGAAGACGCCCGCCAGCCGAUUCACCAGCCGUCUCAGCAGUGUUAUGCAGAAGUCGUUGCCUCGCGAGCGGCUUCUUAGCGGAUCGCUGUUGCGCCGGUUCGACCCGGAGUUGAUCAAGAAGGCCAUGUCUUAUCUCCGGACUGAUAACUUCCGGCUCAUCAUCGUGUCGCAGAACUACCCGGGGACCUGGGACCAGAAGGAGAAGUGGUAUGGUACUGAGUACAAGUCGGAGAAGAUCCCUCAAGACUUCUUGAAUAGCAUUCAGAAAGCCUUGGAGUCGACCGAGGCCACUCGUACCUCCAACGUGCACAUGCCGCAUCGGAACGAGUUCGUUCCAACGAGAUUGUCGGUGGAAAAGAAGGAAGCCGAGGAGCCCGCCAAGACUCCCAAGCUAAUCCGUCACGAUGACCGCGUACGACUGUGGUUCAAGAAGGACGAUCGCUUCUGGGUUCCCAAGGCGACUAUUAAUGUGACUCUGCGCAACCCCUUGGUGUGGGCAACUCCGGCCAACCUUAUCAAGACGAAGCUUUACUGCGAGUUGGUCCGGGAUUCCCUGGAUGAAUACUCUUACGAUGCCGAGCUUGCAGGCCUGGACUACCACCUUGCAGCAAACAUCCUGGGCCUGGAUAUCUCUGUAGAUGGAUACAACGAUAAGAUGUCCGUUCUGCUGGAGAAGGUGCUUACCACUAUGCGCAACCUGUCCGUCAACCAGGACCGGUUCAACAUCAUCAAGGAGCGCCUGAGCCGGGCAUUCCGCAAUGCAGAGUACUCGCAGCCUUUCUACCAGGUCGGUGACUACACUCGCUACCUGCUGGCCGAGCGUAGCUGGGUCAACGAGCAGUAUAUCGAGGAGUUGGAGCACAUUCAGGCAGACGACGUGACCAAUUUCUUCCCUCAGCUGCUGGAGCAGACCCACAUUGAGGUCCUCGCUCACGGCAACUUGUACAAGGAGGAUGCGCUACGCAUGACCGACUCUAUCGAGAAGAUCCUCCAAGGUCGGGCCUUGCCUCCGUCGCAGUGGUACCUGAGACGUAACAUGAUGAUUCCCCCGGGAAGCAACUUUGUCUACCCCCGGACUCUUCAGGAUCCCGCUAACGUCAACCACUGUAUCGAGUACUAUCUCUUCAUCGGACUCUUCUCGGAUUCCACCCUGCGUUCAAAACUCCAGUUGUUCUCUCAGAUGACCGACGAGCCUGCAUUCGAUCAGCUGCGCAGCAAGGAACAGCUCGGAUAUGUGGUGUGGAGUGGCUCCCGUUACAACGCGACCACCAUGGGCUACCGGGUGAUCAUUCAGAGCGAGCGCAACGCCAAGUACCUCGAGUCUCGCAUUGAGUCGUUCCUGCGAACAUUCAGAAGUAUCCUUGAGGAAAUGCCCGAAGAGGAAUUCGAGGGCCACAAGCGCAGCGUCAUCAACAAGCGACUGGAGAAGCUGAAGAACCUGGGUUCGGAGACUGGCCGGUACUGGUCUCACGUCGGGUCGGAGUACUUUGACUUCUUGCAGCACGAGACCGACGCGGCCAAUGUGCGCACCCUGAACAAGGCGGAUCUGAUCGCAUUCUACCGCCAGUACAUCGACCCCGCCUCAACGACGCGGGCUAAGCUGGCUAUUCAUUUAAAUGCGCAGUCCGGCACCCACGCUGCGGAGAGUGACAGCUUGGAUGAGAAGCGCGCCCGUCUGGUUGAUAUUGUCAACAAGCAGCUUGAGGCUGCUGGUUUCGCCUCGGACGAUGCCCGUCUGCAGACGGCGUUCAAGGAUUUAGACCUGACGGUGAUUGAUCGCUCCCAGGUCUUAUACAUGGUCAGGACAUACAUGGCCGGGGAUAUGAGCUUGUCGCCAGCACAAAUCGACCCUGUUAUUGAGAAAUUGGACAGCAACCUGGGCCUGCAGCUGAAGCAGCUUGGCCUGGUGGCGGAGAAGGGCGAGUCGACCAAUGGUACCGUGGUGGCCCAGGAGCCCAUCACCAUCACGGACGUGUCUGUUUUCAAGGCCCGUCUGCCCGUCAGCACCGGCCCCGUGGCCGUAUCGGAUCUCACUGAGUUUGAGGACUUUGAUGCGAAACUGUGA